AUGUAUAUAUUUAUUCUUUUAGUGCACGUGGGAUGCGUUGUUUAUUUAUUUAUUUACGUUUGUAUUUUUUUUUUUUUUAUGCUGAUUAUUAUUAUUUUUUUUUGUGUGUAUUUGUGUUUAACGCUCCCAAAAGCGGUGUGUCGUUUCGUUAUGAGCAGCGUUUGGAAGGUCCUCGUUCAGCUUCACAACGUCGUAAAUAUUCCUUGCGGUGUUUGCAGCAAUGGCGAAUGUGAUGACGCACGUGUCUUUUCUGUUGUUGCGCGUGCCGUGUCAAGCAACGGCACUCUUCUCACAGAAUGCCCGGAGGUGAUUGCGGAGUUUACGACGCGAGACAUCGUGCAGGCCUCCGCUGCGGAUCCUUUGGAGGUCAAACUCGACGGUCGUGGCGAGCGCGGUGCCGCCGUUUCAGCCGAGUGGUCGACAAACGCCCCCACAAUUGAGUUAAUGCUGCUUGUUAAGGAGCGGCAACCAACAUGUGAGCGCGUCGUCGGCUCGUGUGAGAAGAAUCUUGUUAUUGACGUCUCCGAUGUGGUGCAACGGCGAAAGAUUGUGACGCACAUUGUGGGGACGGAGAUGGGACGGGUGGGCGUUUCGCUCACCGUGGCACCCUCAGACACCGCCGGGUACCGGCGACGUCUCACGGAGUUUCUGUCGCAAUAUAACCCGGGCGGGCUGCACCUUGUCGACAGCGUCGUGCGUGGCAUCCCCGAGGUGGAAACCUUCACAAAAUUGUAUCGAAAAUAUGCACUUGUGGACUACGAGCGACGUGUCAGGGACUUUUUCCGUGUGUACGGGCGGGAACACGCGGUUCAGGUGCCGUUGCUUCUGAAGGAGUGGGAGAAUCGCGAGGAAGAGUUAAUGCACAACCUCGUGCUGGACAAUGGGCCGGAGCCAGACAACAUUGACGUGGAGACACGUCUGGCGGUGUUUUUGAGGGCUCACAAUGUGAGCACCGCCACUCCCGAUGUGGCGCGCGCUUUGCGUGAGUCGAAUAAAACCCCAUUUCAACUGUUUGAGGCGCUGACGCUGAAAUACGGCCCAGAACCGGACCCGCGGAGUUAUUUGUUUCCACCGACACACUACGAGUUGACGCAGACACAAUAUCAAUUGCGACAGCUUCGCCCCGCAUCAGUGCCGCCAGUACGGGCGGCAGAAAACAAAUGGUCGCCGCAGCGAGAAAUAUCGUCGAAUGGAGGGGCAAAGCGACAAGAGGAGGGAAAACCGUUUUCACAGCACCAGAGGCAGCAGACAUCUCCCGUUAUUUUGAGCGUGUCCCACUUUGAUCCGCCGGCUGCCACAGAGACCGACAUCAAUGGAAAUGGAGACCACAGCUACGGUAAAGAAAAGGAUACGAGGAGCGUCAAUUUUGGUAACAACGCUGUAAUGUCUUGGGAAGGGUUUUGUGACUUGCUGAGGCGUCAAGGGCGGGAACCGUCAGACGUGUACUACAUGAGCGAGGCCUCGUUCAGCGCGGCGGCGGAGAACAUGGGUUACACAAAGCCGGAUCGUGACAUACUGAUCCACCAGUGGCAGCAACGUCUGCGUGCUGCUGUGCGGGAAGAAGUUUUGACACCCAGUGACGCGUACUACGGUACAGCUAUGAAAGAGGUUCUCAAUCUGGUUGGGCUGCAGGAACUGAAUCUGGAGGUGGUGAGCGUAACAAUGGUGUCAAACAGAGAGCAUGCAAGUUGCUUUGCCAAUAGACUUCUGACGGCACAACAGCGUGCGACUGAGCGGCUUGCUAUUGUUGGUGAAUACCAUCGACUGCGUGACAUUGUCGUACACGGUGCUAAUGGAACUGCGGGUGAGCCCAAUUCAAGAAGGAACCCAUGCAUCGUGUUUCACCGUCUCCCAUUUCAAAACUGGAACCGCAAACAAUUCACAUGUAUUCUUGUUUGUGACGUGGUCAUUGGCAAGCCUUUUGUCUGCACACCACUAGUAAAGACGGCGCGUGAGGCAACGGAGGAAUUCCGAACAGAGUGGGAUUGCUGCGUCUUUCAUGAUGCUAGCGGUGGACAGGCGGUGGCUGUGUACGACCCGCAGCAGGUCCUACCUCGCUUCAUGGUGCAGUGCCAUGUGGAUGUUACUGUCACGCCGUGUCCGGCCCAUCCGUCACGGGCUGUGGAGUACUACGUGGCUGACGAAAAUGCAUUUGCAUGCAGUCACUGCGUUGUGUUGGGCAAAUACCGCAAGAAGGAGGUGCUCGCGAUUGAGGACGCGGCUGCACAGGCGCGCUCAAGACUCGCUGACUACAAGCGUGAUGUACACCAGCUUCUGGUGGACCUUGAAGCCCGCGAGACUGACCUCGUCCGCGAGGUGGACGACAUGAGCAUAGCGGCAAGGCGACUUGAGGCGGAAAAAGAAGUGGAGCGGAUUCGUCGCGAGGCGGAGGAACGUGUUGCGGCUGUUUUGCGUGCCUUGGAGCAGGCAGAGGAGGAUCAACUCAACGACAUUAAACUACGCCGUGAAUGCGUGUGGAAAGCGAGAGAGGCAGCCGACACUCUCAGUGAAAAUGUGACGACGGCUCUGCAACACACUAACCCGCUGCAGGUAUUGGCGGCGUUGCAGCGCGUGCAGGCGGAGGACGAGUUGCAGUACUUGAGAGGCGAGUUCCGAAGGAGUUGCAUCAAAAUCAAUGUCACAGAGAACGGGACAAGGCCGGAUGCCCCUUACGCAUGGACACGAACAGCAAUACGGGACGACGACGGUGCCCUCACUAUCGCUGCAGCCACGGGCACUCGAGUGAACCCCCUCUUUGAGCAAAUUGAAGACAAGAUGCAGAGAAUGGAGGGAAUUCACAUGAAUACGAACAGCCGCCAGAAUUACGGUUGCACCAGUAGCAUUGGCACCGGUGUGUCAACUCAUCUUAUGAAGACGCCGCAACCAGAAAAGAAUACCACUGCAAACAGCCUAUAUGCCAAGUACCUUGCCAUCGCCUCGGGCGCGAGUAAAGAAGAAGAAAAAGAAGAAGAAGAAGAAAAAGAGGGGUUGAUUCAUCAACCUAUGAAUUCAAACGUCCUUACGAAGAAAAAUAGUGAGAGUAACAGCGCCCUUUGCGCGUUGAGUGCGCCUCCGAGUGAAAUUCGGCGCGCGAAGGAGGAUAUUACGAAGGGGUGGGCCCUUUAUCGUCAAGGUGACCCUGAAGGGGCCCGGCGCAUGUGGAAUGACGUCUAUGGGUGCCAUUUGGAUAGUGCCAUAGGGGCUCGUGCGCAGGCGUACAUUGCUGAGGCGUUGGACCGAGACUAUGAGGCAGCAGCGAAGUGGUACGAUUUGUCGCUGCAGCGUGAUCCGUCCGAUGUGAUGACGCUGUACAAUUACGGUGUGCUGCUCGAGACACUUCUCGGCCGUCUGGAAGAGGCGCUGAUGUUGUUUGAGCGGGCCCACACACUUGGCGACGGUGCGGCUGGUCGGCGUGCACAACAACUACGUGUAUCACUAGGGAAGAUAUGA